GCUGUGUCCCCAGAGACUCCAAGAGCUGAGGCUCUGUGCUGGCCACCAUCUGGGUGGCUUCCAAGUGUGAGCAUGGUGCAGAAGUACCAGUCUCCUGUCCGUGUCUACAAGUACCCUUUCGAGCUGGUCAUGGCGGCCUACGAGAAGCGCUUCCCCACCUGCCCGCAGAUCCCAGUCUUCCUGGGCAGCGAGGUCCUGGGCGAGUCCCGCAGCGCGGACGGGGCAGUGCACGUGGUGGAGCGCAGCUGCCGGCUGCGCGUGGACGCCCCGCGGCUGCUGAGGAAGAUCGCAGGCGUGGAGCACGUGGUCUUCGUGCAGAAAAACGUCUUGAACUGGAGGGAGAGGACGCUCCUCAUCGAGGCGCACAACGAGACCUUCGCCAGCCGCGUCGUGGUGAAGGAGAACUGCAGCUACUCGGUCCACCCCGAGAAUGAAGACUGGACUUGCUUCGAGCAGUCGGCCUCGCUGGACAUCCGGUCCUUCUUUGGCUUUGAAAACACCUUGGAGAAGAUCGCUAUGAAGCAGUACACGGCCAACGUCAAGAGGGGGAAGGAGGUGAUCGAGCACUACCUGAACGAGCUCAUCUCCCAGGGCACCUCUCACAUCCCCCGCUGGACGCCCGCCCCGGUCCGGGAGGAGGACGCCCGCAGCCAGCCCGGAUCCCAGCAGGCGGAGGGGACCCUCAGGGCCCUGGGCCCAGCCGCGGAGGCGGUGGGAACUGACGGGGACAAGCUGGACGCAGACUACAUCCAGAGGUGCCUGGGCCAGCUCACGCCCAUGCAGGAGAGCUGCCUGAUCCAGCUGCGGCACUGGUUGCAGGAGACCCACAGAGGCAAGAUUCCCAAAGAUGAACACAUCCUGCGCUUCCUGCGCGCCCGCGACUUCCACCUGGACAAGGCCCGGGAGAUGCUGUGCCAGUCCUUGAGCUGGCGGAAGCAGCACCAGGUGGACGUGCUCCUGCAGACCUGGCGGCCCCCCGCCCUGCUGGAGGAGUUCUACGCGGGAGGCUGGCACUACCAGGACAUAGAUGGACGUCCCCUGUACAUCCUCCGCCUGGGCCAGAUGGACACCAAGGGCUUGAUGAAGGCGGUGGGGGAGGAGGCGCUGCUGCAGCACGUCCUUUCUGUCAACGAGGAAGGACAGAAGAGGUGUGAGGGGAACACCAAGCAGUUUGGCCGUCCCAUCAGCUCCUGGACCUGCCUGCUGGACCUGGAGGGUCUCAACAUGCGGCACCUCUGGCGGCCAGGGGUGAAGGCCCUGCUGCGCAUGAUCGAGGUCGUCGAGGAUAACUACCCUGAGACCCUGGGCCGGCUGCUCAUCGUGCGAGCGCCCCGAGUCUUUCCCGUGCUCUGGACGCUGGUCAGCCCCUUUAUCAACGAGAACACCAGGCAGAAGUUCCUCAUCUACAGCGGCAGCAACUACCAGGGCCCGGGGGGCCUGGUGGACUACCUGGACAAGGAAGUGAUCCCCGACUUCCUGGGGGGAGAGAGUGUGUGUAAUGUCCCUGAAGGAGGACUGGUCCCCAAGUCCCUCUAUCUGACCGAGGAGGAGCAGGAGCAGGCCGACCAGCUGCGGCAGUGGAGCGAGACCUACCACUCGGCCAGCGUGCUCCGUGGGGCGCCCCACGAGGUCGCGCUGGAGAUCCUGGAAGGGGAGUCGGUCAUUACCUGGGACUUCGACAUCCUGCGAGGGGACGUGGUCUUUAGCUUGUACCACACCAAGCAGGCGCUCAAGCCGGGCCCGCGGGAGCCUGGGGCCAAGGCCAGCGGGCAGCUGAUGGACAAAGGCUGGGUCCUGGGCACGGAUUACAGCCGCGUGGAGGCUCCGCUGGUCUGCCGGGAGGGGGAGAGCAUCCAGGGUUCCCAUGUGACCAGGUGGCCUGGGGUCUACCUGCUCCAGUGGCAAGUGCACAGCACCCCCGGCAGCAUGGCCUGCAGCCUCCCGGGCGAUGUCCUGACCGCUCUGCACAGCCCAGGCCCCAAGUGCAAGCUCCUCUACUACUGCGAGGUGCUAGCCUCCGAGGACUUCAGGGGCUCCAUGUCCAGCCUGGAAUCCUGCACCAGUGGCUUCUCCCAGCUCAGUGCCGCCACCUCCUCCUCCUCCUCCGGCCAGUCCCAGGGCAGCUCCUUGGUCUCCAGAUAGCCAGGCGCGGACCCUCAGGGCAGCCCGCUGGCCUCG